AUGUCUGACCCCACGAACGAAACCUUGCCAGACUUCUCCACCCCGGAGUUCACCUUGGACAGAGAAGCCAUGCACGAGGACCCCUUGCAAGUGGACCACGCAGCCGCCGCCAAAGCCCUCGAGCGGCGGUGGGCGGUCGAACACGCCCGACGUCUAGAAGCCUGGAACCGCCAGGUAGAAGUCUCCCGGCUAGCAGAAGAGCAAGCAGCCGCCGACCAUGCGGCCGCAAGCGACCAGGAGGCCCAGGCCCAGGCAGCGCUGGCAGCCGAAGCCCUCGCCGAAGACCGCAAGAAGUACAAGCACAAACACACCCCCGUCCCCGACCGCCCAAUGCCCGACACCCCGCAGGCCAUCGCCCACCCCUUCGCCGUCAGGCGCAUGGAGGAAGGUGAGCCCAGCGAGAUAUGGUGGUGGACCCCCGCCGGCAUACGCUUCGCUGCCACCGCCUCCCUCGACCCAGACGGCGACGCGCUAGUCCAGGUCACCAAUGCACUCACAGGCGUUGCGGAGUUCAAGCCAGCCGUCGCCAUCCGCGACCCCAAAGCGCCAGUCGUAAAAGACCGGUACCUCUCCUACGAAGACCUAGCAUUCGGGACCCCCCUCAUGAUCACCGCCAUGCGCGAGAACAACUGGGAGCCGACCCGCGUCAACUGGCUUUACAAGUUCUGGUCCGCCAUCCUGUCCCACCCAUGGUGGUACCGACAAGAAGGCGCCGGCCUACACCGCGCCGCUCUGCUCCAAUACCAGGAGGAACAGCGCGCAGCCUGGCACCGCGCCCUGAAGGCCAAGGUGGGCUACAAACUCGAGAUCAACGAGCGCCACCUCGACCUCGUUCGCGAACGGCUCUUCUACCAAGUCCUCUACCGGACCGACGGCCAGCUCCGUAAGUAG